AUGCCUGAUCUGUUUUUGCGCUUUCCUCUUGAGGUUCACCAAACUAUUUUUGACACCCUUCACAAAAAUGGCACAAAGGAGGAAUUAACACCCUACCUCACAGUGAACAAGUGCUGGUUUGCUCUAAUCAGUAGACGAAUAUACAAGGAGGUCAAAUUGCAUGCCCUUUGGCAUCUACGUGACUCGCCAAAUGCUGAGUAUUACUUGUCGAAUAUUUGUUCCUUGACUUUUGGACUGGGUGAUCAGGUUUAUCAUCCCGAGAUCAUUCAAAAAUGGACACAGCCACCUCUUCAAAAUCUCGAGAAAAUCUCCUUCAUGCCUGGUGCCGUGUUUCAAGGCCACGACGUCGAUUACAUUAUUCCAUACCUCCCACCCUCAGUUUCAACGGUUCAGUUGUUCGGUGCACGCUGGAAUUUUGGUCUCCUAUCAGCAUUGAGAGAGACAUGUAGAGGUCUCAGAGAACUGAGCAUCAAAUACCCAUUCAAAGGUAAAGAUUUCAGUCUAGAUGCGCAAGGCUUUGACUCCUGGCUUCAAGAGUUUGCAUCGCUUUAUUCUAUGUCUGUUUUCUACACAGAUGGAAAUGGAAAUGAAACCGUCACCCGCAAUGCUUGGAGUCAACUGUUCUCUCAGCCAACAUUAUGCAGUCUUUUGGCGAGACCACUUCGACGUCUUCGCCUCGAGCACCGUAUGAGUGAUUGGGAAUAUCUGUUUAACAGCGUUACAUUCGAUUCAUUGCGUGAACUGAGCAUUAUCGUGAAGCCCGAGGAAAUUUCCAACUUUCCCAUCUUCGCGGACUUGCGAAAGUUACAUAUUUCUGUUGAUGCUGAAUGUAAAGAGGAGCAACACGAAGUUCUUUCACCUAUCUGCUCAAUGACCGGAUUGAAAUCUCUGAGAGUUAUCUUUGUCAAACCGUACAAGCUCUACAGCAGCGAAGUCAUGUCAUUGACGCGUCUCACAAAUCUGAAAGAGCUUGAAAUCUUCAGCAGUCACCAUGAAGUUAUCGGCAUCGACAGCGAUAACGAUGACGACGAUGACGACGAUGACAAGGACCACACUAAAUACAUGCCGAUUCGGAUCGUGCCGUCUUUUGAUGAGAAUGACUUUGAUCUGCUGGCGUCAUCCCUUCGCAACCUACGACAUGUAUGCUUACUCUUCGGCUGGCAGCCAGAUAGCAGCCACGUUCUCAAAUCCGCUGCGUAUCUUUGGUGGGAGCUAGAGUAUCUAUGUCUUGGAACCAACCUAGACCUCCCUGAAAGCAUUCUAGUGUCAGGAAAUGGAUAUCCUGUGUUUCCAAAUAUGAAACGGCUCAUGAAAGUGCGUGCCUAUGUUGGAGAUCUCGCUACCGACACUGAGUCUAUUCGAGAUGAUCGGGAUGCUCUUUUGAAAUACGUCAAUGACAUCUGUCAAAACAUCAAGGUCGCUUUGCCUCGGAUUGAAGGCAUCAGAUUCCACGAGUCCUACAUCUACGACAACAACCCUGAACACCAGAGAAUCGGUUUGACCCAGAUAAUGGCUGACGCGCUUGCUGAUAACAAUAUAGAUUGGGACUGGUCUCGUUAUGGUGUGGAUCGGACUUGGGAUUUUGGUUAUAUUGUUUGA